AUGGAACUGGAUGAAGAGCUCUUUGCUCCAAAUUCAUCGUUGCUCAAGAUUAUACCGCUGUUGAUCAAAGAUCUAUUCUACUAUGAGGAGCUGAGUCGCUUACUAUCGAGGUUUCUUCAAUCGGACGUCAGUGGUCUAACGCAACAGAGGAUUGAGGGCCUUAACCCAGCUUUGAGGCUGUUAGCUAUUGAUGAAGACAAAAGCGUUAUGCUUACGUUGAUGUUGGGGAGGUUAUUCAUCGAUGCAUUUGAGAUGUUGAUGGAUAAGUGCGUAGAAUUUGAAGUUUGUGUGGAAGAGAUCGAAAACAAAGGCGAAUUGGUGCAAAACUACUUGAGUGGUGACUUCAAUUCCAAGGUGCCCAUUUUGGUCACUGCAAAGCAGAAGAUGUCUCCUUUUCCCUCAUCAAAGAGAGUAAAUGAAGAACCAAUUGAUGCUGUACGACAUCGCGUUCUUAUAAACGAAUUGGCUCGUUUGGAAGCUGGAGAUCAAGAAGCAAGUCCACCUGAUUUCGGCAUCUAUCAAGUGUUCCUGGUGGAUUUGAAAUCUUGGUAUUGCAAUUGCGAUGAAUAUCAAGAUCAGAUGGCGGACAACUCGGAAAAUCAUCCUGAGGCAUACAGGAAAGAGAAGGGUGAGUUUCUGCUUAAAUCUAUGGAAGAGAUUAUCUCGCAAAGUAGAGGAGCAUCAGGGCUAUUGCUAGAUAUUCUCACGUCUUCUGAAAUUCCUACAAGGCAUAAAUCACCUCUUCCACUCUGCAGCCAUUUACUAGCAGUUAUUAUAUGUUCGUACAAUAGAAAAAUCGAACUAUACAGAGUGAAGUAG